AUGACAGGCCUUGUGCAACAUAAAUUCAAGUCCCCAAUCAGGGAUUUAGUCAAGGUGAAGCCCUACUUGAUGCCCUAUGUGAUGAGACCUGAAGAAGCAAGAAAUGUAAGGAUCAUGAGGUGGCCAUUAUAUCUCCAGAACUAUCAGUUCUGCAUUAAGGCCAUCAUGGGGACUGCAAAUGAUGGUGAAGACUAUGGGUCUAACGUUCCACCUCUAGGGGAGUAUCUUGGCGAGUUUAGAGACGAGCUGGACAGAAACUGUAUAGCAUUGUGGGUCAGUGGUGAUCUAAAAACUACGGGUACUUACGAGACGACGGAAAGUCAUGCUACAAUAUUGUGUCCAAAAACUCUUAAGCCUAUAAUAAAUUUAUUAAACUCGCCCCCCUUUUGUUUUUUCGUUUAUUACAGGCGUUUUGGAACUAAGUGCUCAGGUUGUGGCCAAGGAAUAUCACCCACGGACUUGGUUAGAAGAGCUCGGUCAAAAGUGUUUCACCUAAAAUGUUUUACUUGCUCGGUGUGUCAGAAACAAUUAUCAACUGGAGAAGAGUUGUACGUACUUGACGACAAUCGUUUCAUCUGUAAGGAAGAUUACCUCAGCAGUCUUUACAAACAAACCCUCAUCUCAAGAUUUCCACCGACUCAAACUGAUCUAAACGACCCGUCUGACACUACCUCUGGAUCGAAUGACCCAGAAAGUGGCCUGGAUCGAGAAGCUAGUGGAUUAAUUCUACCUAAUAGUCCAAUUUCUGACUUUCAAAAUUCGCCAGGAUGCGAUGUUCGUAAAACGAAUAGACAAAGUUCAACAGCGGGGAUGAAGAACAUCAAGAGCAUCAACGUCAUUGAAAGUGACGUUCAUAUUAGCAGUUGCAGUUCUACUUAUCAUCUUUCUGGAAAUCAUCCCAACGACGAAAAUACACCAGGAUCCAAGCGACGCGGACCGAGAACUACAAUUAAAGCAAAGCAGUUAGAAAUGCUGAAAACAGCUUUUGCUACCACACCCAAACCCACACGUCACAUCCGGGAGCAACUGGCACAAGAAACAGGACUAAAUAUGCGAGUCAUACAGGUUUGGUUCCAAAAUCGACGGUCUAAAGAAAGACGGAUGAAGCAACUGACUACGUUUGGAGCACGCCGGCACUUUUUUCGCGGGCCAAGGCGGGCAAUGAGACCGUUACGUUCGGGACUUUCCCCAGAUAAACUAGACGACAGCCCUGACAUUUUGGCUGGGUCUAACUCUGGGUUUGAUUCCGGUAGCCCCUGUGAUUGUCCUUAUGGCGAUCAAGGCCAUUACAAUUAUUACCAUGGUCAACAGCCACCUGAUGAACUAAUGUUCCCACUAGAUGCCACGUCAAGCAGUUCAUCAUUGGUAGGAAACCUAAAGUAUCCGUUUCGUAUGGUAACAACCUUAGAUCCAGGUUAUGACCGUCUUCGUACUGAUGUUCCGCAUCUCCAUUCGUGUGGCAACUUUAUACAUCAUCGGUUAAGUCCAGAAAUGGGACCACGUCUUCCACCAGGAGUCGUGUCGAACGGCUACUGCCCACCUAGUUCUUCUAUUGACAGGAUAUACCAUGUAGGACUAUCCCAUCACGCCUUGAGUGAAACACCCAUAUGGUGACGUUAUCUACAUUAAUCAUUACACUAUUUUUUUGCAGUCAUCACAUCAACAGUUUGUAUAGAAACAAAAAGAAAGGUUCUUUGUGUAU